AUGUUGCGCCAUUCACGUCGCCUACGCGGGUCUCCUCCACCUCCCGAGGAUUCAACCGAAGGCCUUCUCGCGCCACCCCAUACUUCCCAUUCAGCUCAAAUCCCUGUUGUCAAAUGGUCCCCUCAGAAACCGAGCGAAAUCUGGGAAGCCCUGUUUUGCUGCUUCCCCGCCAUCCGACAAGUUGGAAUGCAUGCGGAACAAAUCAACAAUAUCUUCAACGGGAUCACUCUCCAGCAAAGCGCUCAUAUGGAGUUUGGAAACCUCAAUCUGGCAUUUGUGCCACAGCCUGAUCCUCACACAUACGAGGUGAAACUUUAUUCCCAAUGCCAGACGAUGGUGCGUAUGAUCAUCGGUAGCGAGCGAAAGAUUGUCACGUUUACCAAGGCCCCCGGAGCUGAAAACCUGCCGCUCCCAUGUCGGGCGCUUCUAGACGGCCACUAUCGCCUGGCUGAAAUCUUACACGCGUCCGGCAUGGGAGAAUUUAUAGAUCAGAAGAUUCGGGACUGGGAAAAGAUGAAGAAUGGCCCAGGUUGCCACCAGCUUCGCUCUGACGGAGGGGCGGACUUGGACAAGAUACUUCAGACAGCAUUUUGGGGUCGCGUUACUGCGGGCUGA